UUAGACACGGAAGUUUGUGACGUUUUCGUCUGCGUUUCCUGUGUGUGUCAUAAACAACAACAAAGAAACUCGUAUUUGUUGAACAUGGUUUCGUGUAAAGUGCCUCCAGUUGAAUAAACGGAGGAUUCAAGGCGUUCCGUCGCUCAUAAAAGAAGCUGAAGUGUUCCGGGAGACACAGCAGCUUCCGGGAGAGAUGGAGGAGCUCUACACCUUAGAGAGGGAGGUGGGACGAGGCAGUUACGGCGUGGUGUUUGAGGGCCGUAUGGCCAAAACUGGACAGAAGGUGGCUAUUAAGCGGCUGCCCUGCAGCAACCCAGAGUGUAUUGAACUCUACUUGCAAGAGCUGUGGGCCAUGAGAACCACAGCCAGGAACCACGUCAAUGUCAUUGCACUGCACAGCUGCCUCCUGCAGACGGGGUCCAGGAGCCUGAAGACCUUAAAACCAGGGAAACUGCCCCUGCGUCUGGUUGAGAGCGUGCUCAAAGGAAGUGUGGUCACAGCAAAGCAAAGUCAGGAAAGGACCAAUCCUCAGUCUAACACCAGGAGGACAAACUCUGGCUUCAGACUGCAGGACAGGACUAACACUGUGCAGGCCAGAGCUCAUCUCCAUAACAAGGAUGAAUCAAAUGCAUCUGAUUCCACAACCCCUCAAAGGCCUCAGAGCAGAGUCAGGAAGAGACCGGCCCCGAGGGAGGAAGAGCAGACUGCGCCGCUGCGCUGCUUGGCCCUGUGGCUCGUGAUGGAGUACUGUGAUGGAGGAGACUUGAAUCAGUACCUGCUCUCCAGGCCCCCAGAUGCUCAGCGUAACCACAGCGUGGUGCAACAGCUGUGCAGCGCCGUGGCCUUCCUACAUAGCCUGGGAAUCACCCACCGGGACCUGAAACCUGACAAUGUGCUGGUGUGUGUGACACCAAAAGGCCCCGUCGUCAAGGUGGCAGAUUUUGGUCUGAGCAAAAUGAGUGAGGGCUCCGUGGAUGGCGGCCUGACCAGACAGCACUUCUCCUCCACCUGUGGUUCGGACUUCUACAUGGCUCCAGAGGUGUGGGGCGGGCUGACCUACACUGCCCAGGCAGACAUAUUCUCUCUGGGCGUGAUGUUUUGGGCGGUCCUGGAGAGAAUCACCUUUCUGGAAGAAGGGAUGACUCAGGAACAACUGGGCGCCUACGUGUGCAAGGGACGCUCAGGCUGGCUGAUGCCGCUGGGAGAGGCUCUGUGGGAGAAUGCAGAGCUCCAGCUGUGCAUCCCGACGAAGUUUAAGAGAGCGCCCCCGCUGCCGCCCCCUCCCGGCCCUGCCACGUGCGCCCUGCUUUCAGAGAUGCUCGCCUCAAACCCGGACGCCCGGCCGACGGCUGACCAGCUGGGGGCCAGGGUGCGCUCCGCUCUGAGAGAGGACUCCCACUGACACAGAGUACACUUGAAAGACUGUAAUGGGCUGAACGACAGUAAGGAGCCCAGACUGCAGUUCGUCCUGUUUG